UUUCCUCUUAAAACUGAUAAGACUCCACAGAACUCUGCAUUUACUAUAUUGGAUUCCCAGUCUGAUCACCUGGGUUUGACCAUACAAGUUUUAAUUUGUAUUUCUAUUCUUAAAAAGAGAUUUGUUGGAAAAUUUUAAUUCUUUAAAGAAAAUCAAAUCAAGACUCCCCCCACUCCUUUUUAAUAUCUGCUUAACAGAAUGCCCAGAGUAUAAGUGUUUAUAACUAUCAAUCCUGUUCUUCCAGACAUUCUCAAAGAGGGGCCCACUCAGUUCCUGGAUAUGCAUGACAAUGACAAGCCAUUCUCCAGCCAGCACCUGCACUACUUUACAUAGUUACACGUUUGUCCACCAGUUGUCUGUCCUACUAGUAUAUGAGAUCAUGGUUUCAAACAUACAAUUUUAAACAUUAAAUAUUGAAGAAAUCUGAAGUAGGCAGUUUGAAUCUUACCUGAGUAAAAUGUGUUGGGUUUAGGGGUAGAAUACAGAAAAAGGAGGGAAACCAUGUUUUUCAGAGCACCGUUUGCAGUAAGGUAGGAAUUCGUGCACCUAGAUCAACUCAUUAGAACUGCCUGCCCUUUUAGGAUUUGGUAAUGUUAUCAGAUAAAAAGAAGGAAAACUGUUCUGCCUGGAUUCAAUAAAUAAUUAAUCAACCUGAACUUCAAAAGGACAGCUAGGGGCUAAGAGGCUGGGGCUUACAUAAAAAGUGCAGUGGAAGCAAGUUUGGAAAAAGUUUUUAUUUGCAUCACGCUGCCUAUAGAGCCUCUUGCACUCCCGAGUCCCCCUUGUCCUUGGGAGUCUGAUUUCUGCUUAGAGCCGCCCCCUGCCUUCAGCGUCGUAAUGUGAUCUCUCUCCUUCUGGAUUGGCCAGGGGGUGCCUCUUCCCUGGGAGCUGCUUUCAGGCACUGCUCCCAAGCCUGGUUUAGCCCAGCCCCAACUAUCCCCACCACCACUGCUAUUGCUGCCACAGCUGCUGCUGUCCAGCCGCGGAUGGAGCAAUGGAGCCCAGACUCCUCUGCUGGACCACUUGCUUCCUCCUGGCCAGCUGGUGUCUGCCGGUGCUGCCCUGCCCCAGCCGGUGCCUUUGCUUUAAGAGCACCAUCCGCUGCAUGCACUUGAUGCUGGAUCACAUUCCUCAGGUACCACAGCAGACCACGGUCCUAGACUUGAGGUUUAACAGAAUAAGAGAAAUUCCAGGGAGUGCCUUCAAGAAACUCAAGAAUCUGAACACUCUUCUUCUGAACAACAAUCAAAUCAGAAAGAUUUCCAGAACUGCUUUUGAAGGACUUGAAAAUUUGCUGCAUCUGUACCUGUACAAGAAUGAAAUUCAUGAACUAGAUAAGCAAACGUUUAAAGGACUCGUAUCCUUGGAACAGCUGUAUAUCCAUUUCAACCAAUUAGAAACACUACAUCCAGAGACCUUUGAAGACCUUCUGAAAUUAGAGCGACUAUUUUUGCAUAACAACAAAUUAUCUACAAUCCCAGCUCGGAGCUUUUCUCAUCUGGAUUCAUUAAAAAGACUGCGUCUGGAUUCCAAUGCUCUGGUUUGUGACUGUGAUUUAAAGUGGCUGGGGGAACUUUUACAAGGCUAUAUCCAGAACGGCCAAACUCAGGCCGCUGCUACAUGUGACCACCCCCGAGGACUCCAUGGGCGCCCGGUUGCGUCAGUAACAGUGGAGGAAUUUAAUUGCGAAAGUCCCCGAAUUACUUUUGAGCCCCAAGAUGUGGAGGUAACCUCAGGAAACACUGUCUACUUCACCUGCCGAGCUGAAGGAAAUCCCAAACCUAAGAUUACAUGGAUACAUAACAACAAUUCAUUGGAUCUUGAGGAUGACACCCGUCUUAACAUGUUUGAUGAUGGGACACUCAUGAUCCGGAACACCAGAGAGUCAGACCAAGGCAUCUAUCAGUGUAUGGCCAGGAACUCUGCUGGGGAAGCCAAGACACAGAACGCCAUGCUCAGAUACCACAGUCUUCCGGCCAAACCUAGCUUUGUAAUCCAGCCCCAGGACACGGAGGUUUUAAUUGGCACCAGCACAACUUUGGAAUGCAUGGCCACAGGCCACCCACACCCCCAUAUAACUUGGACCAGGGACAAUGGAGAGGCACUGGACGGAUCCAGGCACAUAGAAACCUCCAGUGGACUCCACUUGCAGAGCAUCACCCUGAGGGAUCACGGCGGAUUCACCUGUCAUGCCAACAAUAGCCAAGGCUCUGUUCACGCCACGGCCAACAUCAUUGUACAAGCUCCACCACAAUUUGUAAGAAGCCCCGAGGACCAGGUGGUGUUGGAGGAGCAUGCUGUAGAACUUCUUUGUGAAGCUGAAGGCCGCCCACCACCAGUUAUCCUCUGGACCAAAGCAGGAAGACAGCUCCCUGUGGAAGGCCGACAUACAGUUCUUUCCUCUGGCACUCUGAGAAUUGACCGUGUAGCACAGCACGAUGAAGGUCAAUAUGAAUGCCAAGCAGUCAGUCCACUGGGGGUGAAAAAGGUGUCUGUCCACCUGACCGUAAAGCCCAAAGGUAAUAAGUGCCAAGAUUCAUUUUCACAUUCUAAAGAGAUUCUCUCUUCUCAUGUUUUCAAAACACCCAGCAGAGACCCCAUUACUGCAGGUAUACAGAUUACUGAGAGUGGUAAAUUCCAUAUUGACAGUGGAGGCACACUGACCAUCUACGACGCAGGCCAGGCUGACCAAGGAAGAUACGAAUGCUUGGCUCGGAAUUCAUUUGGCCUUGUUGGGGCAAACAUGUUUCUUACAGUCACUGCAAUACAGGUUAAACAAGCUGGCGAUGACUUUGUUGAAUCAUCUAUUCUUGACGCGGUACAGAGGGUUGACAGUGCAAUUAACUCCACACGAAGACAUUUGUUUUCACAAAAACCUCACACUCCCAGUGAUCUGCUGGCUCAAUUUCGUUACCCAAAUGACCCAUUUACUGUGGAGACAGCAAGAGCAGGGGAAAUUUUUGAACAUACACUGCAGCUGAUCCGGGACCGUGUGAAGCAGGGGCUGACGGUUGAUCUGCAAGGCAGAGAAUUCCGCUACAAUGAUUUGGUUUCCCCGCGCUACCUUGGCCUCAUCGCCAAUCUGUCCGGUUGCACGGCCCACAGACGUCUGCCUAACUGCUCUGACCUGUGCUUUCAUCAGAAGUACCGGACCCACGACGCAACGUGCAACAACCUGCAGCACCCGACGUGGGGCGCGUCCCUGACAGCCUUGGUGCGUGUCCUGCAGCCUGCCUAUGAGAAUGGCUUCAAUUCGCCCCGUGGGGCUGGCCGCCGCAAUGGAGACGGCCGUUCUCCGCUCCCGCUGCCAAGGCUGGUUUCCACCGUGAUGGCUGGCACAGCGGCGGUCACUCCAGACCACAGGUACACCCACAUGCUUAUGCAGUGGGGACAGUUUUUGGACCACGACUCGGAUCAUACAGUGCCUGCACUGAGCACCGCCCGCUUUUCCGAUGGGCAGCCUUGCAGCUCCGCUUGCACGAAUGACCCUCCUUGCUUCCCUAUUACCAUUCCACCAGAGGAUCCCAGGGGCGCCCAAGCACCCUGCAUGUUCUUUACACGCUCCAGCCCGGUGUGUGGCAGCGGCACGACCUCUUUGAUGAUGAAUUCAGUCUAUGCACGAGAGCAGAUCAACCAGCUCACAGCCUACAUUGAUGCUUCCAAUGUUUACGGGAGCUCAGAGCGGGAAUCCCAGGUUCUCAGAGACCUCUCUGCACCCAAGGGACUGCUGAGGACGGGCUUGACUUGGUCCUCUUCUGGGAAGCACUUACUGCCCUUUUCUUCAGGCCCACCCACCGAAUGCACUAGAGGUGAACAAGACAGCCACAGUAGCCCCUGUUUCCUGGCGGGGGACCACAGGGCUAAUGAGCAGCUGGCUCUGACGGCUAUGCACACCUUGUGGUUCCGGGAACACAACAGGGUGGCCACAGAGCUAUCGGCCCUGAACCCCCACUGGGAUGGAGACACCCUUUAUCAGGAAGCCAGGAAGAUUGUGGGUGCGGAACUGCAGCACAUCACCUACAGCCACUGGCUGCCCAAGAUUCUUGGGGACCCUGGCAUGAAGAUGCUGGGGGAGUACCAGGGGUAUGAUCCCCACGUGAAUGCUGGGAUCAUUAACUCUUUUGCCACUGCAGCCUUUAGAUUUGGCCACACAUUAAUCAAUCCUAUUCUUUACCGAUUGAAUGAUACCUUCGGUGAAAUUCCCGAAGGCCACCUCCCACUCCACAAAGCUUUCUUUUCGCCAUCCAGAAUAAUCGAGGAAGGUGGGAUAGAUCCACUCCUUCGGGGGCUAUUUGGAGUAGCCACUAAAUUGCGGGUGCCCUCGCAACUUCUCAACCUGGAAUUGACAGAGAAGUUGUUCUCCACUGCCCAUUCUGUGGCCCUGGAUUUAGCUGCCACCAACAUUCAAAGGGGCCGGGAUCAUGGUAUCCCUCCCUAUGUGGACUACAGAGUUUUCUGUAAUUUAACUUCUGUUGAGAACUUUGAGGAUCUUCAGAAUGAAAUGAAAGAUUUGGAGAUAAUACAAAAAUUGAAAAAGUUGUACAGCACCCCAGGUGACAUUGAUUUAUGGCCCGCCCUGAUGGUUGAAGACCUGAUUCCUGGUACGAGAGUGGGACCGACACUUAUGUGCCUCUUUGUUACCCAGUUUCAGCGGCUAAGAGAUGGAGAUAGGUUCUGGUAUGAAAACCCUGGAGUUUUUACCCCUGCACAACUCACUCAGCUGAAACAGGUGUCAUUGGGCCGUGUGCUUUGCGACAAUGGUGACAACAUUCAGCAGGUUCAGCCGGAUGUGUUUGUGAAGGCGGAAUACCCACAGGGCUACCUGAGUUGCGGUGAGAUCCCAAAGAUGGAUUUGCGAAUGUGGCAGGACUGCUGGGAAGACUGCAGGAGUAGAGGGCAACCUAGAGCAUUCACACCAGAAUCUCGAAAGAAACGCUCUGCUCAACGCAGCUACUCUGGCAAGAAAAAGGUGGACCUAAGUGAUCCACUUAAUAGGCAACAAGACAGCUUUAACGUGGAUGACGAUGCUACAGUUGUGUUGCUUCUGGCCAAAACCAAGUUUUUCCAGGAUUUCAGCAAUUUUGCAGCAGAAAUUCAGAAAACCAUUACAGCUCUCAAAGAGCAGGCCAAUAUUGAUAAUCAGUCCAAGAAAGAAAAGAAGGAGACCUAUCUCAGAAAAUCCAGCCCCAUCACAUUAUUGAACAUGUACAUGAAGAUGAAUGAGAAGAAAUAUAUUCAGUAUUUCAUUUCAUACUUUUUUUUUUUAACUUUUCAGAGUGGCCAAGUCACGUGCAUGGUGAAGAAUUGUCCCUUGGCUCCAUGUCUCAGUCCUGAAUUGAUGAAAGGAAGCUGUUGUCCAGUGUGCAGAGAUCAAGGAAUGCCAGCUGAUGCCUCCAAGAAACACUAGCCAAUAUCUGCUCUUGAACCCUGAACAGAGAAUUUCUCAGGGAGAGACACUUAGGAGUUCAACUUUUAACCUGUAGUCACAUCCUUGAUACGGAAACCACUGAUUUAAGAACAAGCUAGUUCAUUUAAACCUUAAACAAAUUGAACGUC